AUGAACUGCGCCGAAGUCCAUUCGUCUGAUAGUGACAAGUCCUCUGCGAAUGAGGUCACAUCAGGAUCAUCAGGCAAGAGCUCCAGCUCCGAGUCCGUUGGAAGACGAAAGCCGCAGACCUGGUUCCAUGCCUGGUAUCAUACAACGACAUCUGUGCUUGGUGCGGUCGCCGUUGCCGCCCUGCCUUUUGCGUUUGGCUACCUGGGCUGGUUUGGAGGCAUUGCGGUGUGGAUUUUCUCGACGGCUGUGUCGUACUACUCUGGUCGGCUUUUGAUCCAGAUUCAGGGAACGGAGAGCACUUACUCUCAAAUCGCAGAUAGGAUUAUGGGAGACGGUUUUGCAAAAUGGUGGAUCCGUCCUUUCCAGUUCAUCGUGGUCUACCAGGUGACGGUCCUAACAGCGCUGACGCUUGGGCAAACCUUCUUUGCCCUUGACUCGCUCUUCUCACCGGCAUCCCACCUGAAUCUCUCCUGUUGGACUAUCAUAGGUGGUGGCUUCACAUUCUUGAUCGCGCUCUGCCCAAGUCUGUCGCACAUGUGGCAGUGCAGCUUCGUGGGGAGCCUUGCGGUGAUCGCCUUCGUAAUCAUGACCUUCAUCAGCUGCAUUCUCAGCAUCCUAUCCCGUGAUGAGGAGGCGGACUUCGGAUGGCCCGAUGAUGGAGCAGCCUUUGCAUUCGGUGUCAUGGAUAGCUUUGGCGUGCUGGCCUUCUCUUACGGCGGGCAUGCAGUCCUACCAGACUUACAGGCGUCCUUAAGGUCGGCCACGGUUGAAAGUGCCCAUGCUUCAAUGCACCGAGCACUCAUAGCUGCCUACGCUGUCAUUGUCCCAUGCUACUUUGCCAUUGCAACUGCAGCUUAUGCUGCAUUUGGAUCAAACAUAUCCAGUUUCCUCCUGGAUGACUUUUCUGGACGUAUUCCUGAUGGACUGUUGGCCUCCCUUCAAGUGCUGCUGGCUGUCAACACCCUCGCCCUGGGCGCAAUCUACAUACAAUCUGGCUUCUCCCUGGUAGGAGACAUGAUCCCAUCACUUGGCAGCGACGCCGACCAGUACAACUUCAAAAACUUGUUGGCAGUGAGGUUCCCCUGGGUAGCCACGGCCACCUUUGUUGCUGUUGCAAUACCCUUCAUUGGUGAUUUGGCAGCCCUUUCCGGGGCCAUAGGGUUCACUGCCAUGACCUUCGUGUUCCCUUUUGUUUUAUGGGAAAACUCACCUUUGGCCAGAGAUGCGCCUGUGUGGAGGAGAGUAAGCCAUGCUCUCUUGGCUGGUAUCUUCGCACUUCUGGGCCUCUGUAGCUUUGUGGGCUCCGUGUAUAUCAUCAUCCAGGAUUCCUCGACAUACAAGUUCUUCUAA